CUGAACUACAGAGGAGCCUAAAAAUGACAAGAUAGUGUGGUAUAAAGGGAGGAAGAGAUUCAGCUGUUCAUGGGGGACUUGGGAGUUUGAGAGGAGGUCACUCUCGGUCACACUGCCGCCAUAUAUGGCCGACCGGAGCUAAUCUCUGGACUCUGGAACCAAGCAAUAAAAAAGGAGACGGGAACAAGAGGAUCGGGAGCCAGAAACAGCAAGAAACGGAGGAGAGGAGGACAUGAGGAGAGACGGAGAAGGGAGACGCAGCUGGGAAUAACUCAGGAACAUUCCGGAAGGUUCUGAGACUGGUUUGGAUUUCUGAGCAGGAAGUGACCUCGAGAAGAAGAGAGGGCUGAGAGAGAGACAGAGAGGUGGAAGAUGGACGGAUAGCGCUGGUGAACGAGUGGAGUGCCGUGACGAGGGGCCAGCAUGGGCGUGAACGGCCGGGCCGGUGUGGCCGUCCUGCUUGUGAUCGUCUUCCUGGGCUCCAUGUGGCUCCAGGGGAACUUGCAGGAUUUCUGGCGCCCUUGCCCAAAGGAACACACCCAAAUACAAACGCCUGGGGGUCUGAACACGUCCGAUGACGGCAGUGGUGAGGAGGCCAUUGACGACUUGUUUCUGCGUGAGUGUCCUGGUCAGGAUUUCCAAGUGUCCCAGCUAGUGUCCCACCUCCGCGCCGCUUUGGACCCCGGCACCGACGUCCUCAUGCAGCCAUACCUCUCCAGUUGGGAUGAACUCAUCAAGUUCCUGAACGCCCUGGGCCCAAUGGUGGGGCUGAUAUCCCAGGAGAUUAAGGACAAAACUGGCCUCAUCCGUGAGCUGGCUCAGCAGGACAUGGAGAGCCGGGGGGGCUGCGACCAGGGGGCCAGGUGUUUAGGUAGUGGGGCUCCUACAAGGGGGCUUCAGACGGACGAGGGGUCGUACCACUCGGUGCGCUCCAUGAUAACCGCGGAGCUGCAGAGCGGCCUGGUGGACUUCCACCAGCUGACAUCCUCAGGCUGCAGGACUCUCCUCCGGCUCCACCGUGCCCUGCUCUGGCUCCGCCUCUUUCUGCAGAAGCUGGGUGAGAGCCCACCCCCUGGGGGCCGCGCGCGGAGUCCCUCGGACCUGUGCCGCGAGGCCUACCAGGAGAGUCUGUCUCGGCAUCACACCUGGCUGGUGCGCCGCGCUGUCGAGCUGGCCUUCAUCGCCAUACCAGAUAGGACCUACUUCUUCAGGCUGGUGUGUGUGCAGAACCAGCAGGGGGCGACACUGGUGCUGAACAAAGUGGUCAGGGCCAUCACAGAGGUGUAUGCCAGGACAGAAGUGGCCCUCGAGGAACACGGCAUGCUGGAUCUGCCCUAGAGGUGUGAAGAGAGAGCUCCCCCAACUGGGAACAGGGUUAGUGGUCCACACAGACGAAGACUCCUUACCAAAAACUAACUGCCUCACAAAACAGGAGUCCAGAUGUUACACUUUUGAAAAUAAUCAUGUGAUUUCCCUCAGUAAAUAUGUUUUAACCUUUCUAGCUGACGAAAUGUAGGACUGUGCACCGAUAUAAUUAAAGAGAAUAACGUCAUGGCACGACUCCUAGUGGCGGGAUAAAUUGGCAUUGUGAAACUCUUAAGGGCUUGAUAUUAAUGGUCUGUACUUUUGUCUCCUGGGGGUGUCCCUCCACUGUGUCCUCACAUCGCUAGAACACAACCCCCCCCCCCCCCCCGCAACCAACCCGGACACUGUGUCGACCUUGGGUCAUUCGCUUGUGAUUUUGUGUUCAUGCACUAAUUUUGCACUAUGUAUCUGAAUCAGUAGGUGGACACUGAAUAAAAUACUAUUGUGUAGAA